AAAAUUGUAUAGUAGUGGCCAGGUGCGACAGCUCGGCCCAGGUAGUCCGGAUUGGUUCAAAGUGCGCGGCAGCAACUAAAUGUUUAAAGUGCAAACGGAAUACAACAAUAAUUGCAUUUAUAGCCCGCCUCUUUAUUUUUGUUUUAUUGCUUUGCUGGGAGCAAUUCGAUAAAAAUUAAAUAAUAUAAAGAAAAGAAGUGACAACCGGAGCCGACACGACGCUAGUGUCCAAGUACAAGCGGCAAUAGGUUGUACUUUGUUUUUUUCAUUUAUUAUAGUCGAAACAGUUAAACGUAAUCUUAUCGGGUCUAAAGACAUAACGUAAUAGGAAGCGACGCUCGACAGGUCGAGCAGCUCACUGGCCAACCCACUUGGUAAACAUGCGACAGCCGGAGCAGCAGUUAGACCGGGAGCUAGAACCAGAUGACAGCUAUGAUUCCUGCCUGACCGAAGAUGUGCAGCUGUUUGAGCAGCUGGACGAUCUGGAAGCCAGCAGCGAGCUGUUGCUUUUACCGUCGACAGCUGAUCUGGACCUUCUGCAACUGGUUAGUGGAGCAAGUGAUGCUACAUCGCGUCCAACUCUCACGCACUGCAGCUCUGUGCAGACGCACACGCAGGCGCAGCCGAUUAAACCGAAAUCGAAACGCGCCACGCCCACCAAGCGGCAGGCGAACAUUUGUGAUCUGUGUGGACGCAGCUUCAGCGAUGGCUAUGGCCUGCGCAUACACCGAAUGACGCACACGGACGAGCGGCCGCAUGUGUGCGAGGUGUGCGGCAAAGGAUUCCGGCAAUUAAACAAGCUCCGCAUCCACUCCGUUACGCACACGGACAAGCGGCCUUAUGAGUGCGAUAUAUGCGGCAAGGGAUUUCGCUUUGCCAACUAUUUGGCCGUGCAUCGGCGAUUGCAUACGGGUGAGAAGCCCUACAGCUGCAGCGCGUCUAGCUGCAGCCUAUCCUUUCAUUCCAUACAUGCGCGACGCAUGCACAUGAAGCUGCAGCAUUCCAGCAGCAGCGGCAGUAAAGAGACGGACGAUCAGACAGAGGACGAUCAGGUUGACUCAACAGCAUCGCUAAGCUUCACUUGCCCCAUUUGCGGACGCGUCCUAACGGACCAGUGCUAUUUGAACACGCAUCUGAAACGCCAUUAUAAUCAGCGUGACUUCGCCUGCCUGCAUCCUGGCUGUGGCAAACGCUUCUUUAGCUCCUCGGAGCUAAAUCACCAUCAGAUUGCGCACACGCGACUUCGUCCAUUUCGAUGUUCGCUGUGCGGCUCAUGCUUUUUGCGCAAAUCGAAUUACAAGCAACACAUGAAGAUUCACUGCGAUUGAAUAUGUUUUAAAAUAUAUGUAAGGUUUAUUUAAAUAUAC